AUGCCGGCCAGUAGCAUGCAGGCCCCCUUCCUCUUCCUGAUGCCCUUUAACCUGAGCAACCUGAAGCAAGGCGGCCGUUGCCAGGCGCUGUUGCGGGCGUCACGCUGCGUGCCCUACGUGGGGCGCGCGAUCGCUGAAGCGGGAAGCGUGAGCUGCCGCGCCAUGGCCCGAGUAUCCAAAGUGUGGCAGCAGCCGUUUCUGAAUGUCUUCAGACACUUCAAGGUGGAUGAAUGGAAGCGAUCGACCAAGGAGGGUGAUGUGACCACAGUGAUGGACAAGACCCUGAAGAGCACUGUCUUCCGCAUCCGGGGAUCUGUGUCUGCUGCCAAUUACCUCCAGCUUCCCAGAACCAGCACUCAGUCCCUGGGGCUAACUGGCCGGUACUUGUAUGUGCUCUUCCGGCCCCUACCUGCCAAACACUUUGUCAUCCACCUGGAUGUGUCCACUGAGGACAGCCAGGUCAUCCGUAUGUCCUUCUCUAACCUCUUAAAGGAGUUCAAGUCCACAGCUACUUGGCUUCAGUUCCCCUUCCUCUGUGAGGCCCGGCCAUUAAGGCCAGACCCUGCAGGCACGGCUCGUCAUGGCUCCCACUGGACCUGCCUGCAUCUGGACUUGCAGGACAUCUUGUUGGUCUACCUGAACCGGCGCUAUGGGCACCUCAAGAGUGUCCGUCUCUGUGCCAGCCUGUUGGUCCGGAACCUCUACACCAGUGACCUGUGCUUUGACCCUACUGUGACUGUAACUGAGGCCCGGCGUGGCAAGCUGAGUGUCACACCCAUGCCGAGGGAGAUGGCAUACCCGGUACCAAAAGGCGAGAGCUGGCAUGACCGCUACGUUCACAUCAGGCCUCCGGGCACCAUUACAGAAGUUCCUUCCACGUGUGGCAGUUGGCAGUGGAGCCCUACGGCACAAUGUGUCUGCUUUGGUCCGGACAUCCAGCCCUACAGCUGUGAGUGCCCUGUCCGCCUGUCUUUGGAGCUGCUGGAGACCCUGGCCCAGGGCGGGGCCGGUGAUGGCACCCAUGUGUUUGCCUGCACACCAGCUGUGGCACCGGGAGUUUUGGAAGAUGUUGGCUUUCAGGAGGUGGGUACCUACAGGAAGGCCCAGUCCCCUACCACACAGGCUCAGCGGGACAGCAUCUUGCGGUGUCCCGGGCUGCAGGCAAGUUUCCUGCCGGACCCAGUCCUGCGGCUCAAGGGAGUCAUUGGUUUUGGGGGCCACAGCACUAGAUGGGCCCUGUGGACCAAGGAUGGCACCGCUGUCGUGUACCCCUGCCAUGCAGUCCUCGUGGUUCUGCAGAUUGACACAGGCAGGCAGCGCUUCUUCCUUGGCCACACAGACAAGGUCUCCGCCCUGGCACUGGACCGGAGCAACUUGCUGUUGGCCUCGGCUCAGGCACAGCUCCCGAGCAUGGUGCGGCUCUGGAAUUUCCAGAAGGGGUGCUGCCUCUCCAUGUUUCAGAGCCCAGUGUCUACAGUCAGCUCCCUCAGCUUCUCUGACAGCGGGACAAUUCUCUGCGGUGUCGGCAAGGACAAGCAUGGGAGGACGAUUGUGGUGGCCUGGAGUACUGACCGUGUGGGCCUCGGGGGUGAGGUGGUCAUCCUUGCGAAGGUGCACACUGAUUCAGAUGUCCAGUCCUGGGCUGUGGCCUCUGAUGACACCAGGAUGGCGUCCUGUGGCCGUGGAAGUGUGCGGCUGUGGCGACUGCACAAUGGGGCGCUGCGCUCCUGUGCUGUGGACCUGGGAGAGCGCCAUGCACUGCACUUCACUGACCUCGCCUUUGAUCGGGACCCAGAUGGGCCGCACACGCUUUAUGUGUGCAGCCGGAGUGGUCACAUCCUGGAGGUGGAUGUCCAGCGCAUGGCUGUGCGGCAUGCUCGCCGCCUGCUGCCCACACGACUCCCUGAUGUCCCCGAUCCACAGAAACCGACCUUCACCCCAGGCCAUGGUGUGGUCAUCAGUAGCCUCAGCAUCUCUGCAGCUGUAUGUGCCGUUGGCUCCGAGGACCACUACCUGCGCCUCUGGCCCCUGGACUUCUCUGCCGUGCUCCUGGAAACAGAGCACGAGGGUCCGGUCAGCUCAGUGUGUGUCAGCCCUGAUGGCCUGCGGGUACUGACCACCACCUCCACGGGCCAGCUGGGAUUCCUGGACAUAGCGUCCCGCGAGUACCAUGUACUGGUCCGCUCGCACACUGCCCCUGUGCUGGCCUGUGCGCUGGAGCCUGCCCGCAGGCAGCUUGCCACUGUUGCCCAGGACAGCACAGUCUGCAUCUGGGACUUGGUGACUCUGCGACAGCUGUAUGACCUCACACCCCCAAAUGAGGCCCCAUGUGCCGUGGCCUUUCACCCCACACAGCAGACCCUGUUCUGUGGCUUCCGCAGUGGCGCUGUGCAGUCUUUCAGCCUGGUGGCCUCAGAUGCACUGGUGGAGCACAGGAGACACAAAGGAGCUGUGACUGGCCUGGCUGUCACCCCAGAUGGCCGCUUCCUGUUCAGUGCCUGUUCUCAGGGUGCCUUGACCCAGUAUGACUGUGCAGCCCUCCGGUGCUCUGUCCUCCGUGUGGCAGGGAACAUGGUGUGCCAGGAUGCCUGGCUGAGUGCCAACGCUCUGGCUGUCAGCCGGGACAGCCUCCUGCUGGCCUUCGUGGGGCCUUCCAAGCAUACAGUGAGCAUCGUAGGCACAGCCUCCUUGGAUGAGCUCCUGCGGGUGGACGUCAGUGGCCUGGACCCAGCCAGCACCCACCUGGACUCUGCUGUGGCUGUCUGCUUUGGGCCCCUGCCCACCAGCCAUCUACUAGUGUCUACCUUUUCCACCAGAGUCCUGGUGCUAGAUGCCACGUCGGGGCGCAUCAUCCGGGAACUGUCUGGUGUCCACCCUGUGGCCUGCUCUUCCCUGGCUUUUAGUGAGGAUGCCCGCCUCCUGGUGACAGCCAGUGACCGGGCCAUCAAGGUGUGGAACUCCCCGACACAGGUGCACUCCGGCUGCCAGGUGUUCAUUGGACACUCAGAACCUGUGCAGGCUGUGGCUUUCACCCCCGAUCAGUGCCAAGUCCUCAGUGUGGGGGAUGCCAUCUUCCUGUGGGAUGUCCUGGUCCCUUCCAAGAUGACACCUCAAGGCAGCUCUGAAGACUCCCCUCAGCAGCCCUCAGUUUAUGAGGCAGAACUGGUCACAGGACAGCAGGACGAGGAUGCAGCCUUUAGGGCCCGCGGGCUUCCCCGGCUCCUAGUGCCUGUGCCAUCCCAGGCCUCCCCGCCUCGGGUGACCAUCAGCACCCCAUCUUCAGAGGACAGUGAUGGUGUGUCCUCGCUGGUAGAGGACGAAAGGCCCAGUGAGAAGAACACCUUCAUGGAGCCCUCCACAGCCCCAACCCCUCCUGUGCUGGUGGAGAAAGGAGCUGGAGGGCACAGGCUGAGGAGGGUCACAGGGGUUCCCGGGGGGCUCAGCAAGCCCAUCCUGUCUCACAACCUGCUGGGUACCAACAGCUCCAGGACUCCUGAGGCCCCACCUGCCACUCGCCCUGACUCCUACAAGCACUUUGUGGCACGCUUCAAGGUCUCCCAGCUCCCCAAGAACUUGACCUACGCUCCGGCUGGUGGUGAGAGGCUGCGUCUGAAGGCUGUGGUCGGCUACAACGGGAACGGACGGGCCAACAUGGUGUGGAGGCCGGACACAGGCUUCUUCGCUUACUCAUGUGGCAGUCUGGUGGUAGUGGAAGACCUGCACUCCGGCUCCCAGCAGCACUGGCCCGGCCACCCUGAGGAGGUCUCCACAUUGGCCCUCAGCCACAAUGCCCAGGUCUUGGCCUCUGCCUCAUGCUGCGGCAGUGAGACUGCGCGCUGCCAAGUCCGCCUCUGGGAUGUGUCCACGGGAGCCUGUCGUGGUCUCAUUUUGCACCAUGAGUCCGCGGUCCAAGCCUUGGCCUUCUCGCCAGACGAUAGGCUGCUCGUCACGCUGGGCGACUACAGUGACCGCACGCUUGCCUUAUGGAGCACAGCCACCCAUGAGCUGGUGACUUCCACACGCCUAGCGCAGCCGAUGCACGGUGUGGCCUUCAGCCCAGGGGACACCACUGAGCUCACCUGUGUGGGCCGGGGUUCCAUCACAUUCUGGGCCCUGCAGCAGCAUGGGGCGGACAUCCGACUCCAGGUGCACACUGAGCCACUCCCUGUGGAGGUGGCAGCUGGUGAGCUGACUGCGCUCUGCUUCGGCCCUGCCCCCUUGCUCUACUGCGGUUCCAACGCCGGCCACAUCUGUGUUUGGGAUACUCAGUCUGGUUGCUGCUUCCUGGCCUGGGAGGCCGAUGAUGGGGAGAUUGGGGUGCUGGUGUGCUCAGGGACACGGUUGGUCAGCGGCAGCAACACCCGACAGUUGCGCCUGUGGGCAGUGGGGGCCGUGCUAGAGCUUAGGCUGAAGGGCUCGGGUGCCAGGUCCAGUGCUGUCCUCCUGGAGCGCGAGCUAACACUAGAUGGGGCCAUCGUGAGCGCCUCCUUUGAUGACAGUAUGGACAUGGGCAUUGUGGGCACCACAGCAGGCACUCUCUGGUAUGUCAGCUGGGUCCAGGGUGCCAGCACUCGCCUAGUCAGCGGCCACAGGAGCAAGGUGAAUGAGGUGGCCUUCAGCCCUGACGAGUCCCACUGUGCCACCUGUGGCGAGGAUGGCAGUGUGCGGGUGUGGUCUCUGGCCAGCAUGGAGCUGGUGGUCCAGUUCCAGGUGCUAAACCAGAGCUGUCUCUGCUUGGCAUGGAGUCCUCCAUCGUGCAGACACCAGCGGCUGGUGGCUGGCUACAGCGACGGCACUCUGCGUGUCUUCAGCGUUUCCCACACUGAGAUGGAGCUCAAGAUGCACCCGCACCCCUGUGCACUGACAGCUGUGACCUUUUCUACAGAUGGUCAGACCAUUCUCUCUGGGGACAAGGAUGGGCUGGUGGUGGUCAGCCGACCCUGCACAGGGAUGACUGUCCGUUUGCUGAAAGACCACCAGGGUGCUCCAAUCUCUGUCAUCCAAACCAGAAGCAAAGAGCAUGCAGACUUUGGCUUGCCGGGGACAGACCUGUGGCUGGCCACCAGUGGGGACCAGCGGGUCAGUGUCUGGGCGGCAGACUGGUUGGGGGACCGCUGUGAACUUGUGGACUGGCUCAGUUUCCCAGCACCUGUGCCCGCAGAGCCUCCUGAUCACCCACCACCCUCCCUUGCUGUCUUCUGCCCCUGGGACGAGGACCUGUUGGUGUGCGCCGGUCUCGGACUGAGGACUGGGCUGCUUCUCUACAGCCUUCGCCAGAAGCAGGUGGUGGAGACAAUCCCAAUGCCCCUCUUCGCCAAGUCUCUGAGCCUGUCCCCAGGAGCCCACCUGGCGGCAGUUGGUUUUGCUGAGCGCCUGUUGAGGCUGGUGGACUUCAGGUCAAGGACCUCAGAGGACGUCGCUGGCCAUGACGACUCUGUCCACCUGUGCUGCUUCUCCCCGUCUGCGCAGCUCCUAUUCACAGCGGCCCACAACGAGAUCUUGGUGUGGGAAGUUUUAGCCUUGCUCCCUACUGUGCAGGGGCCACAGAGCCUGGAAUUCCAGAGCACAUAUAGAUUUAAAAGGUAUGGCUUCCGCUGUGGCAGCCAUAGACGUGCAGCAGCCAUGGCUGUGUGCUACCCUAUGGCCAUGGGCCUCAACCAGGGCCACAAAGUCACCAAGAACGUGAGCAAGCGAAGGCACAACCGCCUCCGCGGGCGCCUCACCAAGCACACCAAGUUCUUGCAGGAUAUGGUCUAG